UCGUUGUGUACCGAAGAUGUCCCGGCCUCGGAGGAGGGAGUUGUUUGUAUAGGACAGAUUCAGUGGGAGCCAAAGGGGUUUCUGUCUGCGCGCCAGAGAUUGACAGGUUUGUGGAAACCUGGAUGAGAGCUGUUUGGAGAGUCCCCCAAGACUCUACCAAUUUCCCAUCUCUUCACCAUGAGAGAGGUUGGGGUUCACUUCUUCCCUUCACCCUGUAGUUGAUAGUUUUGGAUUUGGAGGCGAUGCUGGAGUAGAGAUGGCAGAUAGUGUCAAGAUCUUCCUUAAUGAUCUCAUUAGGGGAAUUAAGGAUUCCAUAUGGGGGAUUUGCACAAUCUCCAAGCUUGAUGCUCGAAUCCAGCAGAAAAGGGAAGAGCAACGGAAAAGAAGAGCAAGCAGCAUCCUUGCUCAACGAAGAGCCCAGAGCGAGGAGAGGAAGCAGGAGAAUGAACCCCGGAUAGUAAGCCGAAUAUUUCAGUGUUGUGCUUGGAAUGGAGGUGUAUUUUGGCUGAGUCUUCUUUUGUUCUACCGAGUCUUUAUACCUGUCCUUCAGUCAGCAACAGCACACAUCAUUGGUGAUCCCUUGUUACAUGGUGAUGUUUGGUCUUGGUUGGAGUUUAUCCUCACCUCCAUCUUCAGUGCUCUUUGGGUCCUUCCUCUCUUUGUGCUCAGUAAAGUUGUCAAUGCCAUCUGGUUUCAGGACAUUGCUGAUCUAGCAUUUGAGGUAUCGGGGAGGAAGCCUCAGCCGUUCCCCAGUGUCAGUAAAAUCAUUGCGGACAUGCUGUUUAAUCUUCUGCUGCAAGCUCUUUUCCUUAUCCAGGGGAUGAUUGUAAGCCUGUUUCCCAUCGAUAUCAUUGGCCAGCUGGUCAGCCUGCUUCACAUGUCGCUGCUGUAUUCGCUGUACUGUUUUGAGUACCGCUGGUUUAACAAAGGAAUUGAAAUGCAUCAACGAUUAUCCAACAUCGAAAGGAACUGGCCCUAUUACUUCGGAUUUGGUUUACCACUGGCUUUUCUCACUGCAAUGCAGUCGUCUUACAUUAUCAGUGGCUGCCUGUUUUCCAUCCUUUUUCCUCUGUUUAUUAUCAGCGCCAAUGAAGCAAAGACUCCAGGAAAAGCAUACCACUUCCAGCUGCGCCUCUUUUCCUUGGUGGUCUUCCUUAGCAACAGACUCUUUCACAAGACGGUCUACCUUCAGUCCACCCUGAGCAGCUCUUCGUCAGCUGACCGGCUGCCCUCACCGCACCCAUCGCCUGCCAGGCAGAAGGCAGCUUUAGCGCACUGAACCCUAACCAAAGUGGGGGAGCAGGGAGAGCGCCGUUCCCAGCUGCUGCAUAACAUGCACCUGUGAUCCAAGGGAAGGGCAGUAACUGUUCUGCCCGGGGGGCUUGCAUGUGUGCGUGUUUUUCCCCCUGCGCACACUUUGUCACCUUAAGCUCCAGUUGGGCACAGGUUUUAUGUCGCACUGUGUGUGUGGAUAAAAAUAUUGUCUGGGGGGGGAGGGAGGAAAGGGAGCUGGAGAAGAUUCUGGGUUUUUAAACAUCUUUGUGAGUUUUUUAAAAGCCAGGUUCUUUGCUUGUUUUGUAGCGUGUCAUGGACCUGAGCUUGUACGGUUUUUUUGUAUACUCUUCUUUCCUUCACCUUUCCCAUUGUUCCCUCAGUGCCAUUUCCCCUCUUCAUGCACCGCCCCUCCCCCAUCCCCAAAUGUCUGGGUUUUGUAAUGCAUAUUUUUGUCGUAGCUUUGUGAUGCUGAUGGGGUCUCUACAGUGAACUGUACCACAAGUGUUGGGUUUCUCGAUGAUCAUAGUUCUUUGUAUAUUAUAUAACUCAGGUCAGGAUUUUGUAAUCUCUGUUGUGCUGAAAUGAGAAAAGACAGCGGAUCAUGUAACUGUGGGCGCAAGAUUAUGAGGUGGACUUGGGAGGGACUUCCCCCAAUCCUUGGUAUCCAGCGGUGUCGACUGACAAACUUUGGUGGUGUCUCCCUUGAGGAUGUGGACUGGUGCCACCAACCUUUGUUUUUUUGGCUGAAACAAUGCACUUCUGAAGGAUGAAACAGAUUCCUAACCUUAACAACUGAAUGUAACGGUUUGUUUUUUUUUUUUAAAAAAAAUCUACAUCCUUAGAGCUUUUUGAAAAAGCAUCUUCUGAACGUUCAAAGGGAAAUCCGAAAAGUGUACGGGUAAGGUCAGGAAGCAUGCCAUCUCUGUGGUUGGGAUAGUAAGAUUUGCAGUAUAAUGUUUGGUCUUGGAACUAGCGAAUGUUUCUAAAAAUUAGUGUCUUUAUGUAUCUUGUUGGCAAUUGGGGAGAAAACAAUGAAGGCACCAAACGAUGUCUGUGGGGAAAAAUGAAAGGGCUUCCACAGGGCUCACGCACAAGGUUUCGAAGGGGUCAUUAUCUUGCUAUGUCAAGGUAUGGUGGACCUGUCUUUGUAGGUUAAAAAAAAGACUUGUCCAAGUUGUGCUUAGAAAGCCUACGACUUGGAUUCAUAAAUCUGCUCUGCAGUUGUCGCCCCAGCCAAGUCAGAACGACGUAAGCUGAAGUGCUCCUGUGUGGUUGUAGCUGCAGCUGACACUUCUUGCCGGUCAGAUGCAGACAGGUGAUCUUUGUGUGUCUGUCUGUGGGUACAUAUGUAACUGUGUAUGCACCAAGGGAGCGCAAUCGAUCCUGAUUUUAGGCAGUGUUCCUCAUGCAUGUCAGACUUCUGUAGGGCUGGAAACGAUUAAAUUUUUAAAAAGCCCUUUGGGGCUUUUUUGCAGAACAGAGGUCAGUCUACAGAUAAUUUUUUCUCUAGUAUUUUCACACUGAAAUAUUAAAUGAAAAUGGGGGGAAAGCAACUUGAAGUGCUUUUGUGACUUAGUCAAGAUACAGAUGUCACUGCUGGGUAGGGUGAAGGGGAGGGAAUCGUCCUGGUAGAAGAAUUGAUAUUUCUUUUUAAGGAGGCUGCCUGGAUACCUGAUUGUGGGAUGAGGGGCAUCUUCUCUGCCUAAAGGACCACUUGCAUCUCCAAAAGUUACAGCUGCACACAAAUUGCUUGGACGUGGGUCUUCUUGAGUUGGAUGGAACUUAAUGCCUCAACAGACAUCCACAGAUCAUGGCUGGGUCUGGGAGCCAGCUUUUAUUUCAGACUAAUCCCACCGCUAAAUCACCUGUAACAAGAUGAUGUUUAGACUAAUUAAUAAUUGUAUUAAUAGAGGAAAAAUAAUUCUUUAAAUUCAAACUGGCUAUUGUUAAGUGCAUGGUAUCUUCAGUCAUAUCUAAUGAACAAAUUGAAUAGUUUUGUCUUCUAAGCUGUGAUUAAUUUUUUGAUUUUGGCAGGUUUGCCAUGUUAAAUUCUUAGUAUUUUUGUCAGCAAAUAAUUUUUCUACAAGUGCAAAUAUUGUAAGUCUUCUGCAUUUCUUGUUGAAGGAUUUUUUGGACAAAAUAUCAAGACAUUUGGCCCAAUC